UAGAUAAAGUGGCAGCUGCAGAGUAACAUGAAAACAGGUGGUACAAUACAGUAUCUCAUAGCUAAUAGACUGUUUUAUAGAACAUAUGUCCAGUCACAGGUUCACAGCUCUGUACAGUUGUCAUGAGCCAUGAAUUCCACAAGAAGAGAUCAGUAUUAAUCACACCCUUGUCUCAGCAAUUUUGUGAUGCCUUCAAAAUAUUUUACUAGCACCAGCCCUCUUCAUCUCCACAUACCAGAACAGCGUUUGGUUUUCAAAGCAUAGCAACAAUGGGCUUCUUGUCCUUGUUUAGACUAGUGGUCUAUGUGGUGGGUGGAGAACUGGCUGUUAGGCCACACCCAGACGUCGGUGGCAAAUGGCUUCUUUUCAAACUGACAACUUGUCACAAGUGGGCUCCCUCAGGGAUUGAUAUUGGGCCCAACACUGUUUAAUGAUCAAGAUGAUGGGAUCAUGUGUACUCUGAUGAAGUUUGCUGAUGACACCAAACUGAGUGGGGAAGUGUAUGGGGAUAUAGCGGAAGAUUUGGUGGGGAGAUUAGUUAAAUGUAAAUACACUCAAGUGACUUGUGCCUGUCUAUAGAAAAAGCACAUACAUCACAUUAAUUGUUUUACUGACCUUGUGUGCUUGAUGAGUAGAACCUCUGUGUUAGAUAACAUAGGCCUGUGAGAAACUCUAGGCACAUUAUCACUAUGUCUGAGAUUCCUGCUUUGUUGUGAGAGCAAGCAGGAGGCUGUGCCUGCCUGAAGCCUUGAAAUACAGGCGAGCUCAGCAGGUCCAGUGAUCUUCCAGCAGGGCUGAACUUACCAGCGCCUGCAUACCCGCUGGUGUCACCUCUGCCUGGGAGCUUAGGUGUGGCUUCGGAGAUUCCCCAGUAGAGAGGAACUAAAAUAAAACCUGCUCUUUGCAAUGCAUUCGUGGCUUCUGGCUCUUCUUGCAACGUGCCUGCGUAUAUGUACACAUUCAGCGUUAGUUGGCAGUCACUAGAACCAGCCAUGCUGUGGUUUGCAAAAACACCGGGGACUGGGGGAGGCCUCAAGGGUGACUCCGCAAAUGCCAGGAUGGCCCAGCACAGAACGCUGGGCUCCUGUGGCUGCUCUCCUGUCUGAAUUCGCUCUGCUGGAGGCAUGGCCUCAGAUUGAUGAUGAGGCAGUGAUUACCCCCCAGGUAAUUCAAGCAGCUAUGCUAAAGUUUCCAUGGAGAGUGGCAUUGACUUCUUCUUGCAAAUUAGUGGGGAGAUUGGGGUGGUUAUUUGUUACUGGUCUUAGAGCUCUUGGUCAUGACGUUGUUGCAUUGCAGAGUAAAAUAAGGGAAUUGGAAAAGAAGGUUUAGAUUUUACAGGAUGCAGAGGUGAUCACACAGGAAGUAACUACUGUUCAAGCAGAGCGGUGCUAUGAUCUGCAAGAUAAUGUAGACCGGUUGGUAGCGUGUAUUGCUAAGGAACAAAAGGAAAAAUAUGCAAAGAGUUUUUUGUCCUCAGGUUUGUACUCUUACCACAAAACACUCUUGGAAUCCCAAGGAAUGGGAUGGAAAUAUUUGGAGUGAAUCCUCAGACUCCAAUAUUGAGUCUGAAUUUGAUCCUGACGUAAAUGGCAGGGAGAUAGUGGGAGCACAACCCCCCAUAGAAAUGAUGCUGCAGCAGGAACGAGCAGAUGGGGGGGGGGGGGGGCAGAUCGCGCAUACUCACUCUCUGAAGGAGUUAACAGCAUUUUCAGAGAUCUCUCAGCAGACGAGCGAGGCAGGAAUUCCAGCACAGAUUUUGCCAGCUUGGGAUAGUGGAGCUGUGUCUAUCCAUUUAUUAGCAGAUGAAAAAGAUUUCUUAAGCCCUAUAGCCUAUGAUGAUCAGAUACAACAAUGUUAUGCUCAGCUGCAAACUGUCAGAGGUCUGGACAGGCAAGAUAUUAUUGCACGUACGCUAUAUCAACGUUUGUGUGCAGCAGUUUUAACAGCAUAUGCUGAACCUGUUGAAUCUGUGUUGUCCUGUGGAAACUGGUGCACAAUGGAGGAAAGUAUUGAUUUAGUGUGGCAGAUAUGGGUGACAUAUGCAUUGAUUAUGGGCUCCGAUUCGGACAGGGUAGCAGUGACAAACGCUACAGGUAAUGCAGGCACUCUAGCAAAUGCCUUGAGGGGAAUUGGGGCUGUAAUUUCAGGACCCUCUGUUUGGGUGUUGGAUAAUGGAAAUCUGGAAAAACUGAAAAGAGUUAUAGCACAGGUGAUGAGAACACUAAGGUGGAAUGAUUUAGUACAAGCUUCUAUCCCAUGGUUAGAAAUAAGAGGGAUCAUACCAUCAGAAAUUUUUUGCCGCUUGCAAAAGUUAAUGCUUAUGCAAAAAAGCCAACCAGCCCUAGCGCCCCCGCCAACACUGCAUCCACCCUCCACCCCACCUGCCACCUCAGUGCAAGACCAGUUUGCCUUUACCUGGCAACAAAAGCAAUAUACUUGCCGAGUAUUGUCUCAGAGAUACAAACACAAUCCCUCCGUUUGCCAUGAAAUGAUAGUAGCUGAUAUAGCACUAUGGUUGGAUACUGUUACUGAUUGCCAUGAUAUUGAUAAUUUGUUGAUUAUGGCAGUGUCACAACAAGAAACUGAAGCAGCUGCUGAAUUUUUGAAGGUGCAUUUGCAAGACCGAGGCUGGGCAAUUAAUCUGAUGAAAACGCAGGGCCCUUGUGCUACUGUACUAUUUUUAGAAAUAUUUUGGCUUUGGUAGCAUAGAGAAACACCAGAUAAAGUACAGCACACAGUCCAGCAGUUUUCUGUACUAGCUGCAAUAAAACAAUUAAAUGCAUUUUUAGGAUUUUUAGAGCAUUGGAGAAUUUUCAUCCCUACAUCUUCUGUGGAGGAGGAUUCCCCUUGUGAAGGGUUAAUAGCAGGGCACAAUAAAGUUGAUUCAUUUGAGUCUCAAAAUAGUAAGAAAGCAGAUAAUAUGACCUCUGCUGAGCUGCAUGCUCAAGGUCUAAAUGUGCAUAUAGCUUGUGGACAUGGAUCAGCUUAUGUUGCACACGCAUGGGACACUGGUCACAAUCAAACCCCUUUGCUGUUAUAUACUCAUAAAACAUGCUCACAUCAUUGUGCUGCUUGUACACAGCUACAUUUAAGAACAUGAGGAAAGGUAAAAUUGGGUCAGUGGGCCUUGAUUACAUGUCAGGUUGACUGUAUUGGCCCUGUGCCCGAAUCUAGGGGGUGGCAAUAUGCACACACUUCUGUGGAUACAGUGUCAGGACUAAAUACAGGGGAAAUGAAAUUAUUCACACCAAUGGAUUGUGAAGUGGGACUGCAGCCUAUUGAUCUAGAUGUAAAAAUUCAUAUGACUCCAGAGAAUGCUGUAUGGUUUUGUACCCUGACUUAUCCUCUUAUGUUAUAUCCUUUGCUAAUAUCGGAUUCUCGAGUUCUUGUAUUUCAGGUAUCUUCAGUGAACACCUGUGUUUUAUCUAGAGGAGACAGCACUGGAACAAUGUCAUUGGUGUCACAGACUCAGCAUCCAACUGAAGUCCAAUCUGAAAAAGUGCAGGCCACGACUUUCCAGUCUGUGUGGGCAAUUAACCCACACCAGGUUGUUAAACCCAGAGUGAUACUAGCUGAAGGAGCUGGAGUAGCAGCGUAGUGGCUGCAAAUGCUGCUUUGAUUUUGAAGGCACGUGUUGCUUCAACACAGAUGAUGAACUAGCCAGCAUGGAAGACGCCAUCUCACAUCUUUGGAACUAAUGCAGCAAGUGAAGCAAUCUACCAAUAAUGCCUGGCUGAAUGACUCAUUUAAUUCCUUGACAAGAUGAAUGGGAUACCUGAUUAUUGUAGAAAUAUGUUUUUUCCUUUUUCUGUAUGUGUUUAUUGUGUGUUCCUGUAAAUUGCUCUGUGCUGCACCUCACAAGCCCAAAUGAACAACUCUGUCUGGCUUUGUCUGCCCCAGCAGAAGCAAGUCAUGUAAGCGAGGGGGUGGAAUGUAUGGGGAUGUAGCAGAAGAUUUGGAGAGGAGAUUAGUUAAAUGUAAAUACACUCAAGUGACUUGCACCUGUCUGUAGAAAAAGCACAUCACACUAAUGGUUUUACUGACCUUGUGUGCUUGAUGAGUAGAACCUCUGUGUUAGAUAACAUAGGCCUGUGAGAAACUCUAGGCACAUUAUCACUAUGUCUGAGAUUCCUGCUUUGUUGUGAGAGUGAGCGGGAGGCUGCGCCUCCCUGAAGCCUUGAAGUACAGGCGAGCUCAGCAGGUCCAGUGAUCUUCCAGCAGGGCUGAACUUACCAGUGCCUGCGUACCCGCUGGUGUCACCUCUGCCUGGGAGCUUAGGUGUGGCUUCGGAGAUCCCCCAGUAGAGAGGUAACUAAAAUAAAACUUGCUCUUUGUGAUGCAUUCGUGGCUUCUGGCUCUUCUUGCAACGUGCCUGUGUAUGUGUACACAGGAAACGAGCACUUCAGAAGGGAAAUCCACUCUGCGGGAAGACCUGGAUAGGCUAGAAGAGCGAGCUAAGAAAAAUCUUACAAAGUUCAACAUGGAAAAGUGUAAGGCCUUGCACCUGGGAAAACAUUAUCCAGGAGUGCAGCACAGGUUGGGAUCUAGACAGCUGGGGAGCAGCUCUGUGGAAAGGGACCUGGGGGUGCUGGUAGACAAGCCCAAUAUGAGCAAACAGUGUGCUGCUGCUGCAAAGAAAGCCAACAGGAUGCUGGGCUGCAUCAACAAGACCAUGUCCAGCAGAGACAAGUCAUUAUCACAUUAAGCACUCCUCAGGCCACACCUGGAAUACUGUGUUCAGUUUUGAUCCUUGCUAUAUAAAAAAGAUGUGUACAGUCUGGAGAGGAUCCAGAGAAGGACCAUGAAAGUGAAAAAAGGCCUGGGAAGCCACCAGGUGAGGAAAGGCUGAGAGAAGUGUGUUUGUUCAGCCUUGACGAAAGAAGGCUUAGGGGAGACAUCAUCACCAUGUUCCAGUAUUUAAAGGAUGGCUACAGAGAUGAUGGAGACUUCCUUUUUACAAGGAGUCACCUGGAAAAGACAAGGGCUAAUGAGUACAAGUUACUCCUGAUGAGUUUCCAAUUGGACACAAGAGGGAACUUUCUAUGAUGGGAAAAAUCAGCAAUUAGAAUAAUAUGCCCAGGGAAGUGGUGGAUUCCCCAACACUGGACAUUUUAAAGAUUAAUCUGGAGAGGAUGCUGCAUCAUCUUGUCUAGGUCAUUUUUUUGCCAAGAAAGGUUGGACCAGAUGAUCCUUGAGCUGCCUUCCAAGCUGGUAUUCCAUAAUUCUAUAAUAAGUAUGAAAAUUACACAGAUAUACAAAUCAGAGAGAUAAGAAUGGCAAAAGGUAAAAAAGAUGAACACAGGAAGAAAAAAGACACAUAGAUGAGAGCAGAGAAUGGAAUAGGAAGAAGAUUGUGUUUAUCUCUUCAUUUUUUUCUGUUUAUUGCCUGCUGAUACCAAAUUGCUCUUCAUUGUUUAAGUAAUAUCCUGCAAUUCAUAGUCUGACUGGCCUAUUUCUCCAAUAGAAAUCUUAGAUUUCACACGUUUAUUUUCUUUUAUGAAAACUAUAAUGAAUUAAAUUGCUGAAUUUGAUAGUCAAUAUACAAACCAAAGCUUAAGGUGAAUUGAGUCUAAAAGGUUCAGAAUAUAUCACAAAAAUCUGGGCUUAGGGUUUGGGCUACUCUCACUACUUCUGAUGAAGAAAUGAAACAUAGUGCCUCCCUUAAGCCAAACGAAACCAAAAUUGUAGGAUAAUCUUUUCUGACCCGAGGUCAGCUGUUCACUCAUAAGUUUGAAACGAUGACAUUUUUCACAAUUCUUUAACUUCUUUUACAUUAUUCUUUUUACUCCACUAGAAGCUUUUGAUUAUGUGAUGAUGAUUGGUAGCCACAGUGACAACCCCCACAUUGAGUGGGAUUCAGUCCUAGGCUCCUAUUUGUGUCUCUGUGCAGCCUGGAAUUUUUUUCAGAAUGUGUCACACUUGAAUAAUGUUGUGUAACUGGAUGCACUUUGAAGUUAUAGUAAAAAAAAAAAAAAAGGAACCUUGAUGUCACACAUCUUAGUAUUCAACUCAGCUAGUUAGGAAAAUCAGACAAAAUUAAGUAUACACUUUAUUAAAUAAUUUUCUCUCAAAAUAUAGUGUUAAAAGAGAACACUUUAGGAUGUUACUUUGGUGCAUGGUGGAGCAAGAAAAAACAGAGUCUGAAAUUCCUUAAAGCCAAUUUUUGUUUCAUUAGCCGAAACAGGUGCUUCACUAUCUAAGCCUGACAAAGGUUAUUUUCUUUGAAUUCUGUCUAAAGACCAUAAGGCAUAAGGAGAAACAUAAUCAGCAAAACUGUAGCCACUGUGAUUAUUCUCCAUCUAAACUUAUAUUUUCACAAGGUCUGUGUUUUCAGUGUACUAGAAUGCUGACAAGUUUUUGUUGUGGAUUUCUAAUACCUAAGGAUCCAUUUAAAUGUCACUUUGAGGUCAAAGUAGUUACAAGAAUAUCAAGUCACAUCCUCUUUUGUCAUUGAAAAUUCAACUGGAUGGUGUAUUUACCCAAUGAAAGAUUGUUUCAUCUUCUGUGAUCAGUUUUUAGUAGACGAGUGGAAUUAAUAAUCUGCAUGAGCUCUUGACCAAUCCACUUGAAAUGUUGAAGUAUCUUGCAUGUUGCCUCUGAGAAAUCAA